AUGAUUAUUGAUUAUUCUGCUCAUUUUUGGGGUGAUAAACAUAUUGGGUAUAAUGUUCUUUAUGACCAUAUGAAAAAAGGAGAGGAUUCUGUGCAUGAAUUGCUCACUUUUAUUAAAGAAAGGGCUAGCAUGGAAGAUGACAUUUUAAAGUGCCUUAACAGACAGCUUAUUAAAGCUAGUACAUACACAACUAAUAAUGGAUCUUUGGCCGAUGCCUGGCGAUUGACUAAAAAUGCACUUGAAUUUUGGAUAGAAAUUAAAACAAAAUUAGUGCAUAAUCUUGGUGACCUUUCUAGAGACGUAUUUCGAUAUCAAGAAGAACUUAUAAAAAUUCGAAAAAAAGCUAAAGAUAUUGAGACAUUAGAAGCUAUAAAUUUAAUGCAAACAACAACAACUUGUUUACAAAAAGCUAAAGAGACUUACUUACAACGUUGUGCUGAAGUAAUUAAUUUAAAAAAUUCUAGUAAAGACUGGACAUCUACAAACACAAAAGAAUAUCUUAAAUUAAAAUUUUUUUUCCAAUUGGCCACUCUUUUGGAGACUGCACAAAAUUGUGAUGCUAAAACGGCUAUUGAAUUUAAACAAAAUUUGGAAUUAAUUGAUGUUGAAGAAAUUAUGUUGAGAUUUAUUGAAGAAAAAGGGACUGGCACGGAUGUUCCUAAGAAACUUAAUUGGACAGAAGCAGAUGAACUUCCACAAGAAUUGGAUGUUCUCUCUGCAGUCCAUUCCCAUUCUUCUUCUUCAAAUAAUUCCUCGGCUAUUGUUGUUCCCAAUACUACAUUUUCUUCUAUUACUGCUCAAAAUCCCCCUCCAACAACAGUUGAUGAUUUACUAAAUUUUGAUGAUUAUUGUGCUCCUUCUAAAUUAUUUGAAAGUGGAAAAUCUUCCCAACGAAAAUCUCAACAAAAAAUACAACGUUUUAAGCAAUCGGCUUCUGAAGCUGACGAGGAGGAUAGUGAUUCUAAUUCUGAAAAUGCUGAAGGGGAACAACAAACAAAUAUUAGGUUAAGAAUUAAUACUUCUGAUAAGCAACAAAAUCAUCAACAAUCUUCGUCCAUUUCAACUGUUCAACACCAAAUUUCUUCUUGGUUAGGCAGACAGAAACAGGCAGCUUCUCAUUGGAGACUUAAAAAACAUAGUGCCUCUCAAUCUAGUCUUCCAGCAGCAGUUGCAAAUGAAAUGGCUAUAACAAAUGAAAAACUUCAAUCAAAUAAUCAAUUUGCAGAAUUCUCCAAAAGUUUUGGUUUAAAUGAAGGUAGUGGAGGGGGGAGUGGUUUGUCUAAACGUUAUCAAAAGAAAAUUAAUGCAAAGAAUUCAAUUAAUGAAAUAACUCAAACAAAAAUGAAACGAGCUUAUAGUCAAUUUCAACUGGAAGGCGAAAAUUGUGAUAUUUCUGUUGUUGAGGAGGAGCCAAAAAUCAUAGACCCUCUUCAAGUUUUUGGCCCUCCACCACCAUUACCAAUUAGUGAACCAAUUCCUCCACCUUUAUUUGACAAUCAAUCACCAAACAUUCAAAGUGUUUCUUUUAUUUAUUCGAAUGAAAAACAACAAAAUAUUAAUUAUAAUAUUAGCCAAUCUACUGAUAACAAUCGUUGGUCUGCUGAUAGUUCUUCUUCUGAUGAGGAAGAUAACUCAACAAAAUUCCAAACAACAAAAAUACGCCAACUCCAAAUUCGACCACUCGUUGAACAACAAGAAUUCCAAAAAAAUACUUCUUUGGAUGAAUUACGUUCUGCUAUUGGGCAAAUUAGUUUGCCAAAAAAUUCAAUAAUUGAAAAUGAUCCUUGGGCAGCGUCAGAUGCUGAAACAACAACUUCUGCAGAUAUUUCUGUUCAAAGUAAUCAAAUAACAAAUCCACCACUUCCACCACUUCGAGCAGCACUUACAGGGGAUUCACAAUAUCGGCGAUGUUUUGCUCCCUCAAAUGAUUUUGGACAAUCUUUUUCAAUAUUUUCUACUUCAAAUAGUAUUGCUAGAGCUAGACCACGUUCCCAUACACCUCUUGUUUUCGGACCUACAAGUACCUUUUCAAAAUCUCAAAUGGCAACAUCUUUAAAUCAAACUAAAAGAAAUACUUCGCAAAAGAUCGAUUCAUCUUCAACACAAGGAAUUAAAACACUUGACCAUCCAAUUGUUGAACUACCACGAAAAUGA